CCGAUGCCCAAAAAAACAAUGCAAAACCCCUUUCUUCUUGUCAUCCCUGCACAGCAAAACCCUACACAGAUCUUCCUAACAGUUCUUUGGAAGAACGAAAGAAGGAAUCAUCACCCAACUCAAUCACAGACAACACAACAUAACUGUUUCAUAACGAAUUCGUUUUUUUCCCUCCCUCCUCGUACCUGAUCGAAACCCAAAACCGUAAAAAAAGUACAGUAAUGGCGGGUGGUAGGUUCCGCGAGCUCUUCAAAAAAUACGGCAAAGUAGCAUUGGGCGUUCACUGCAGCGUCUCCGCCGCUUCCAUCAGUGGCCUCUACGUUGCAAUAAGGAACAACGUUGACGUCGAGUCCGUGCUCGAAAAGUUUCAUAUGGGUGCUGUUUCCGAUAAAGAAGACCCUAAUUCUGAUAACCCUAACCUUAAUUCCUCUUCUUCCGUUGACCCUGUUAUGGUCAACGGUGCUGACGACGAAGAGAAGCCCAAGAGUAGGACUGCGCAGCUCGCUGCCUCUGCCGGCGGUGCCUUCACGCUCGCUCUGCUAUGCAACAAGGCGUUGUUCCCGGUUAGGGUUCCGAUCACCGUUAUGCUGACGCCGCCAAUCGCGAGGUUCUUGCGGAGUAGGAACAUCAUCAAGAGUAUUUGAAUUAGGGAUUUUGGUUUUGUGCUGCUAUGUGAUUUUUAUAGCUGGAUUUUGUUGAUUUUUUAGAAUUGCAUGAGGACUAAGGGUUUUACUGGGGUUUUAACUCCAAUUUCCAUGGAAUUCAUUGCAAUAUGAAAAUUUUCAUUUUUGAUUAAAAAAAAGGGGGGCAAUUACAUCUUGAUAUUUAUGACUUUUGUCUUGUUGGAUUUGUGGUUCAUGAUUGCUGAACUUGGGAACGGAAUAACAUGUGAAAUAUUAUCAAUAAAGCCCUGUAAGAAGUAGUUUUUCAACUUACCAGCUUCGAAUGCGUAUCUUUCUGUAUUACAGUAGUAAUUUUGAGGAGAGUUGGAUAGUUUUCAAUAAUGCUAGAUUGGAAUGCUUGAAUUAUAGAUGCUACAAUAUUUUGUUCUUAUUAGUUUGAAAUUUUGUGGACAUGACUAGAGAUUUUUUAUGAGGAUAGGUUAUUUGUUUCCAAGUUUCAACUUGGUGAUCUUCAAGCUACUUAUCUAUGUUCACUUCAUAGUUUUUGAUGUGCUGCUUUCUUUGUUGAUUGAUUAUUGCUCCUCAUCAGCUCCUGGCUACUAUCUUUCAAAAGGUUGGUCCGAAUUUGCAUAGGAAUGUUACAAUGUGAUCAGUAGAAUUGAGGGAUUUUGGCAGUCUUAGUAUGAAGUAGUUGGAAAGAUCAAUGGAUGAAUAGCUUUACUCACCAUGUUCCCUUUGUUUUAAAUUCUGAAACUCGGUUUCUAUAGCAGCAUAGCCUGAGAGAACUAGAUUUGGUAUCGGCCGGUAACUGUGAGUGAAUGAAUGGCUGGAGCGAUCUUCCCAAGUUUAUAAUUUUGUAUCUGUGUUUAUAUAAACCCCUUCAUAUAUUUAAAUGCUGAUCUCUCUGUAAAGUAAAUUAUGGUUCUAUUUCUUAGUAUAGUAAUGCUAGGGAGAAAAAAA